AUGAGACUCUCCCUUGGUUUCGCCCUGGUGGGCCUGUCUGUCGUGCAGGCAUCGACUAUCAAGUACUCUGUAGUCCCAGGCUACUUCCUGCAGGAUGAGGAGACCACUGAUCCAGCUACAUUUGACUAUACAGCGGAGAACUUCGGCCUAAUCGACCGCGCAUAUCCCGCAGACAAGGAUCUCAGGAAACACAAGUCUCUAACCCAAUGGGAGCGCUUCGACAAUCAGGUCGCCACAUUGAAUGACCAUUCCCCACCACACGUCGAGUAUAAGGUUCUGUUCCUUGGUCGACAUGGAGAAGGCUAUCACAAUGCUGCCGAAUCCUACUAUGGAACACCCGCGUGGAACUGCUACUGGUCUAAACUCAGCGGCAAUGGCACAUCAACCUGGGCAGAUGCCGCCCUUACACCGAGCGGUGCCUCCCAAGCACUCAAGGCAAACGCCUUCUGGCAAAAGGAAAUAAACGAACAACGAAUCCACACACCGGAUCUCUACUAUGUCAGCCCAAUGACACGCACCCUUCAAACCGCCAACUUAACUUUCACGGGCCUGCACCUACCAAAACACAGCGCCCCCUUCAAGCCGACUAUCAAGGAACUCUUCCGUGAAUCAAUCAGCAUCCACACCUGCGAUCACCGCCGUAGUCGUAGCUACAUCCACUCACUGUUCCCGCACUGGCGCAUUGAACACGGCUUCACCGAGGAAGAUGAAUUGUGGAACGGCGUGACGGGUGAGUCUAGCGGUGCGCAGGAUCUUAGAAGUGCCCAGGCAUUGGGUGAUGUUUUCUUUUCUUCGUCUAAGAAAAAGUCGUUUGUGUCAAUUACCUCGCAUUCGGGUGAGAUCUCCUCGCUCCUGAGGGUUGUCGGACACCGGACCUUCAAGUUGAACACUGGAUCUGUUAUUCCGGUGUUGGUUAAAGCUGAGAAGGUUCACGAGAAGGCGCCGGUUACUUCUGUUCCUUGGGAUUUGACACCGCAUUGUACGGAGCCGCCGGUCACCUCCGUUACGGCUUGUGUGUGUCCUUCCGGUGCGGUGCCUGUUACGACGCCUUUGGCUACGGGGGCUUAG